CCACGCUGGGUACCAGAGAAAGGAGCGGAGACUGUUCUCAUAGAAGCGGGGGAGGCUGGAAUUUGCACAGUAGCUGCCUCUGACAAGUAACCGCGCUCCCGAUCUAUGGCUGUAUAAUUGCCACGGGUUUACCCGCCCCCGCCGAACCUCCCCGCUGGGAGGAGCUGAUAUGGUUUGUUCCAAACUCGCCGCCUUCGCCGCUCAGUCAUGACCGGGCUGAGUCGGGAAUCGGUUAUCUGCUUCUUAAGCGAGCAAGGCGGUCGGGUACCAAAUCAGAAUGUGCUGGGACACUUCAGGGCGCUGCUGAAUGACCCGCCAGCCGGCGAGUCCCGAGAAACUGUCCGCAGCCGCUUUAAGGAUAUUGUCAAUGAGGUGGCAACCGUGAGGGAAGAGGCGGGCGUGAGAUACGUGUGUCUGAGGAAAAAAUACCGAGAGACUGGAUCGCCAGCGCCCUCCCCAGAAGGCUCGGUUAGUGACCAUAAAGCGGCCAGCGAGUCCCCGGGGCACAGCUCUGAGGGGGGAAGCAAAGACUUGAUGUCACCCCCCAGCAUCUCCGUCACCGAAGCCCCCGGCGGAGCCUCUCAGCAGCCGCAGGAGGACAAGAGCGGAGCCUCUCAGCAGGAGAAGGAGGACAAGAGCGGGGUCGUACUACUGAAGCAGUGCCCUGGCUCUCCGGAGGUUUUCAUUCCCAGCAGCGGCAGGACCCCCAGGGGCAGUCGCAGAGGUGUGCGGGAGCCCGUAUCCCCCCAAGUCCGCCGGGGGCUGCUUCGAGCGGGGCUGCGGGACUCAGACAGUUCAUCUCUGCACAGUUCUUCUUCUGUGUCCGGAAACGAGGAGGACGAGAGCGGAGCGGCGCACGGACAAGCGGCACUGGACCCCGUGGAGCACGCGUGGAUGCUGAGUUCGUGCCGGGGCCGCUGGGAGAGCUUACAGGAGCUGCUGAGCAACGAGCCCGGCCUCAUCACCCGCAGAGACUUCAUCACCGGCUUCUCUUGCCUGCACUGGGCCGCCAAGCACGGACAGCACGAACUCCUGGCCGCUCUCCUCACCUAUGCGCGCCAGCACCGGGUGCCCGUCAAUAUCAAUGCGCGGGCGGCGGGAGGUUACACCGCUCUGCACUUGGCUGCCAUGCACGGACACCUGGACGUCAUUAAGCUGCUGAUCGGGGCGUAUGAUGCUGAUGUGGAUAUACGAGACUAUAGUGGCAGGAAAGCGUGGCAGUACCUUGGGCCGAGCAUUGCCCAGGAUGUACAGGGGCUGGUGGGUGCUCUGCCCAACGGAGGCGAAGAGGAGGAGGAAGGAGGGAAUACUGGAUCGGGCCGCUGGCGGCUCUCUCGGGUCCUCCCCUCCCAACUCAUUGUACACCGACUCUCUCAGCUGCCGGAGGAUCAGCCGGAGGGCCUUGGGGGAGGAGGCAGCAGAGCAGAUAUCCAUAGGAAGGGCUCUGGGGUAAAGGGCAAACCAAGACUCAAUAAGAUCAGAUUUAGGACUCAGAUUAUCCAUAACAAUCUGUCAUCUAGAGACACUUGUGAGCAGGAAGAUAAACCUCUCAAGAGUCCUAUGAGGCUCAGGCCAAAAUCCAAUGUAUUUGGGUGAUAUUAACCUUGAGUGCAUGGAUUUUAUAUCUAAAUACUAUUUACUAUAACACAAGAGCCCCCUCCAGCUACUGCACAACCAAAUUCCCAGCGCUCAGUUGCCUAGUGAUUCUGGGAAUCAACUACAAGCUGGAGGUUCCUUCUGUACAACCACAUGAUGUGGGACCAAAUCCGAGUGCACCCACCUCGCUGCACUCACAUUCCUGGCACACUUGAACCUAUUCCAGUUGAUUUGGAAUUCAGCGACUAUUACAGACAUAGCAACAGAGUGCAAACUGUCUGGGAUGUUCUGAGGUACUGCUAGACAAUCUGCUGGACUGAUUCACUCUAGCCAUCGUUUGUAACUCUUCUUAAACUCUAGUGCAGAGAGAGCACAUUUCCAAUAUUUAUGAAAUUGAUAAACCAAUUCUUUUGUAACUGUUACUGCAUCUUUAGUAAUGUCACUCCUUGUGCCACUGAUUUGAUUGAAUACAGUAAUUUGUGCUGGUCUAUCCAUAUAGAUGACUUAAUGCUUCCAAUAUAAUCUGUCAACUUCAAAACGAUGCACAGUGUAUGUAAACCAAAAUGUAAUGGACUGCACUCAAAAUGUAAAUCUAAAGCUGUGUUAAGGUGACCAGUCCUCCACAAUUAGUGGACUGAUUGGCUUGCAGGACAAAUGAAUGAAACUGCAGGUAGUGAAGAGGACUUGUGUUUCCUCUUUACAUUCUACACUUCCAAAGGUUUUGUUCAGUAAGGUGUCAGACCAUAAUUUCUGUUAUCAUUUCAAUAAUACAGCGCCGGUAAGUCACAGUGUUGUACAUAUUGGCGUAUUGGUAUAUACACUAAGCACCCAUGUGUUUACUAUAAUUUUGUUUGAGUGAUCCUCUGAAAACAGAUGGAUCUUUAUUCGAUUAUCAGCGUCACAAGCUUGAAGGCUUGUGACCCACAUAGUGUUUUGAUCCCCCCAUUAGCAUCUGACAUUCUGUCAGAACAGAUAAAGGUGGAUGGAAAAUACUCUGCCUAUUGCAGACCUGGCAAUAACAGGUAGACUACUGGCACAGAAGUGAGAAGCAAGCAAAGCCACAUGCAGAGUAUUUUCUAAAAUAAAAUCUAUUAAAAGCAUUGCCAUGCAAAUAGGGGUGUUUGACCACUUCCGGUCAAUGCCUUAUUAUCAGACUGGGUUGAAUUAUUUUUCCUAAUCACUGCUAUUUAAAGCUGAAGUGCCAUCUCUAGAAAUAAUUUUAUCUGGCAUUGGAGCUAUGUUUCCUUUCUUAAGGCUAUAAAACCAUCGUGUUUUUUUGUGUGAUUGGAAUCUAGUGCAUUCACUUUAUCUUGAAAGUGGGCCAUAUUGUGAAAAUUAGCAAAGAGUAGCUGCAGCAUAAGCAUGGUGCCUGCAUCUAACACAGAAAUGCUACCUGUUGCAAC